AUGGAGACCGAUCUUUCGCGAUCUUCCGCGAUGGAGACCGAUCUUCAGUCUCGUCACCGUUCUUCCUCGCCGAUGUCAGAGCAAGUUCAAUGUCCAUAUGAUGAAGAAGAGAAUGUAGUAGUUUUUGAUAAUGAGAUUGAGACUGAAGUAGGGGCUGACAAUGAGAUUGAGAUUGAAGUAGGGGCUGACAAUGAAUGCACAUUAGAGGGCAGUGAGAUGGUGCCUACAGUAGGGAUUAAAUUUAAUGACCACAACGAGAUUUAUGAAUUUUACAAAACAUAUGCUUAUAUUGUGGGUUUUCCUGUCAGAAAAAGGAAUUCAAAAAAGGGUGAUGAUGGGUUGUUAAAAUAUGUGACAUAUGCUUGUAGUCGAGAAGGUCAGAGAAGCAGUGAAACAAGUAGCUCUUUGAAGCCUACACCAACCAUUAAAACAGGGUGUUUAGCUAGGAUUACAGCUGCGUCAGAUGUGACAGGAAUAUGGAAAAUUACUAGGGUAAUCUUGGAGCAUAAUCACAAAACAAGUCCAUCAAAAUCUAGGUUGUAUCGAUGUAAUCGACAAUUGAGUGAACAAGUGAAACGAAAGCUUGAAGUAAACGACCUAGCUGGUAUUCCAAUGCACAAAAGUUACAACUUAGCUGUCGUUGAAGCGGGUGGUUACGAGAAUCUAUCAUUUGUUGAGCAGAACUGUAGAAACUAUAUUGAUAGAGUUAGGCGAUUAAGACUUGGGGAGGGAGAUGCAGCUGCAAUACAAGCCUACUUUGCAAAAAUGCAAUCACAGUGUCCUGGUUUUUACUAUAGUUUGGAUUUGGACGAUGAGUCCCGAUUGAAGAAUAUGUUUUGGGCUAAUAAUAGGUGUCGGGAGGCAUAUAAAGAAUUUGGUGAUAUUGUCACAUUCGAUACCACAUACUUGACGAAUAAGUAUGACAUGCCAUUUGCCCCUUUUGUUGGUGUGAAUCAUCACGGGCAAUCGACGUUAUUUGGAUGUGGUUUAGUAUCUAGUGAGGAUACCGAGACAUUUGUUUGA